AUGGAGAGAAACAAGACUCAAACUCUGUUGGAUGAUAAACAGAGUAAAUGGGAAGAUAGAGAGAAAAAUAGAAGAAAGAUUAAGCCAAUAAUUGAUACUCCAGGUUUGCCAGAUGAGUUGAAGGAGAAGAUUUCAAGAAUGGGUGUUCAGAUUUCACAAGUGAAACUUGUAAUUCAGAAAGCUCUUUAUGGUACAGAUUUGAGUUAUCAGCAUAUGCGUCUGUCAAUCCCCGUCAACCAAGUGGUGAGUAAGGAUUUCUUGACACCACAAAAGAAAAUGGUAUUGGAGACGAGAGAUAUUGUGUCGAACAAAAAGAGCAAGAUUCAGUUCAACUUGAUUGAGCCUUCACUUGAACAAACAAAAAUUCAUUUGACAAAAUGGGACAUGAACGAAAGCUCAAAUUAUGUGUUAUUGAAUGACUGGAUGCAAGUAGCAGAAGGAACAAACUCAAGUCUGGAAUGGUAG